CGAAAUCAACCACAUGGAGAUCUUCACUAUCUUCCCUUCAUGGCUUCUUACAACAACACUAGUUUUCUUCAUGUUCUGCAUGUUUCUAUACACUCUAAGAUCAAAUAAAUCAUCCAUAACAACCCCCAAGCUUCCCCCAAACCCUCCAAAGCUUCCAAUAAUUGGAAACUUGCACAAACUAAUAGGUAAAUCUCGUCACGAAGCCCUUUGGCAACUCUCCAAAGAAUAUGGUCCAGUUAUGCUAUUUUAUAUAGGCUCAAAACCAUACCUUAUCAUCUCUUCUCCUGCCAUGGCCAAACAAGUCUUGAAAACACAAGAUCAUAUAUUUUGUUCCCGUCCAUUGUCCAAAGGCGCGAAGCGGCUAACUUACAACUACUUGGACAUCGGAUUCUCCCCUCAAAGCGAUCACCGAAGGGAGAUGCGCAAGAUUUUGGUGUCUGAGUUCCUUGGUCCCAAAAGAGCUCGAUUGUUUAAUCAUGUGUUGGUGUCCGAGAUUGAAACCAUGGUUCGUUUAAUAGGGUCACAUCCACCAAACGUUGCAGUAAACCUAAACAAGUUGUUUUUAGCAACGGUCAAAGGGGUGGUGUGCAAGGUGGCGUUUGGUAACAACUAUAGACAACAACCAAUUAAGGGCCCGUCAUGGGAAGUGUUGGUUUAUGAAGCCCUGGAAAUGUUGGGUGGAUGGCUCGGGGAUUCUUUUCCAUGGGCGGGCCGAUUUAUAGAUUAUGUUAGUGGAUGGAACGAUAAGCUCGAGACAUGCUUUACUAAUCUUGAUGCAUACAUCGAGUCGAUCAUCGAUGAUCAUAAGAGUCAAAUUGCAGAAGUAACUGAUGAAGAAAAGGAUUUUGUGCAUGCUUUACUUGAGUUGUCUUCCGAAGAUAAUACUUCUGGCCAUCGGUUGACCAAAGAAGAUGUCAAAGCGCUUAUAAUGGACGUACUCACUGCCGGAGUUGAUACGACUCUUGUGACGUUGGUGUGGGUAAUGUCUGAGAUCGCCAGAAGUGUUAGAGUGAAGCAAAAGUUGCAAACUGAAAUCCGAAACCACACAGGACGAACACCCAAAGUAGAUGUAUUGGACAUUGCAAAAAUGACAUACUUGAAAAUGGUGGUAAAAGAAACAUUAAGACUACACGCUCCUGCGCCAUUAUUAAUCCCACAUGAAUGCAUGAGCCAUUGUCAAAUUGGCGGUUAUGACGUCUUACCUGGGACGAGUGCUUUAAUCAACGCGUGGGGAAUAGGAAGAGAUCCAAGCACUUGGGGAGAGAAUGCGGCUGAGUUCUAUCCAGAAAGGUUUGAAAAGUUUGAGGUUGAUUUUGAGAUGGUCCCGUUUGGCGGUGGACGAAGAUCGUGUCCAGCCAAGAACAUGGCUCCUGCAACUGUUGAGUUUGUGAUAGCAAACCUUCUUUACUGGUUUGAUUGGGAAGUUCCUGAUGGAGUUAAAAGUGAAGAUUUGAAUAUGCAAGAAGAGGGUAUCUUAGUUCUCCGUAAGAAAGUACCACUUCGCCUUGUGCCCACAAAGUAUAAUUGGGAUGAUUAGUAAGUAAUCAGCUUUUUUUAUGUAUAAAAUUAAGUGUUAGAACAAGAAAUCCAUAUAUUCAAUGUUUUAUUUGGCAGAUGGAACUGUAAGCUAGAGAAAUGUUUUAGUAAUCUUAAUGCUUAUACAUAAAUGAUGUCGACCAACAUCAUAAUCAUAACAUUGCAGAAGUGAUGAUGACAAAGAUUUUGUUCAUAAUUUAAUUAAC